UGCGCCCAAUAGCGAACGGCCAUGACAGCAGCAACGAAUACUUCCCGGAUUCUCUCGCGUCCGGACCGCUUCCGAGCCCUCGUUUACCCACCCCCUUGAGAGGUCAGUGCGGGGCACGGACUCCCUCGUGCCCCGGACGACACGUUUUGAACAUGAGGGUCAUGAUGCUGGUGAUGCUGGCAGUGGCCGUGUCCACGGAUGUUGUGUACAGACCAGAAGAUGAUGAGCAUUGCAAUCGAACUGUUGAUAUUUACCAAGCUGUGUCAAGCCCACCUGUGAAUGAUGAGAAUCGCAACCGACCCUUGCACUGCUCUUACCGCAUAAGGGUUCGACCUGCUCGCAACGACUGGGUCGUCUUUGUUCGCUUCACACGCAUGCGCGUUGGCGAACCGACUGAAGACAGACGGCGAUGCAUAGGCGGAUAUGUCCAGAUCAUUGAUGGCUAUAGAGACUCAAACCACAGUAAUAAAGAAGAUCCUGGUUACUACUGCGGAGAGAUCGAUUCUCCAAAGACUUUUGUGUCGGAGACACCGCAUGUCAAAAUAGUCCUUCACGUCGAUAGCUAUGGGCAUGACACUUUUCUUCAAUUCGAUGCAAAUGUGGAGCAGCAACAAGAGGUUCACGCCCGGUAUGGCCAAUAUGCACAACUUUAUCCUCAUCGUCGUGGAACUCCUGUACCGGGAUCAUAUUGCGAAAGAACUUUUCACGGUUGUGCUCCCACUCGCUGCUUUGUACAAUCUCCAGGAUUUCCAGGAAUAUAUCCCAGAAAUCUCCGCUGCCGUUAUACCUUGGUGGUGAGCCGAAGUGUCGUAGCACUGGAUAUGAACGCAUUUGAUGUGGACGGCUUGAGAUGCGACAACCUCCUGCUUUGCUUUCCCAGGCCAGUUACGCGAGAUCCAGCCGACUGCCCAUUCGAUUAUGUAAAGAUCUACGAUGGUGCUACAGAAGACAGCCCUCUUAUUGUCACAUUAUGUGGUCGUGGACGUCUAAAAUCACAGAUCGUGGCAUCUGGGUCCGAGAUGCUUGUCGAGUUUGUGACAUCCACUGCUGGCCCUCUUCUUAACACAGGAUUUCAUUUUAAAGCUGAGAGUGUCCAUGCAGAAACGGAAACAGAAUAUGAAUUCUUACAUCUAGAUAGCAAUGGUACCUGCGCCAUAGAUCGACACCUUCGGUCGGGAGAUAUUGCUACCUUUGGACAUUUACGCUCUUGGUAUCCAGUCAACACAACAUGCACUUACAGGUUCACUUCAUCCGAAGACGAAAUCUUGAAACUGACUUUUGAAUUCUUCCGGAUGGAAAGAGUGACGUUGUGUGAAGAGUCUCUCAAAUUAUAUGACAGUUCUUCUGCAGACCCUUCAAAAAUAAUAUCAAAAUUAUGCGAUAUCAAUAAACCCAGAACAGAACAUCCAAGAUCCAUAUACGAGACAUCGGGACCAGGACUAUUUGUGGAAUUUAACAGCAGAAUUGGAUCCUUAGAAGGUUCUUCCUUGAGUUACGCAUUUGAAGUCAGGCCCGUAAAUGUAAUCACUCGCCGGAAUAGUUUGAAUGGCGGUACUUGCAGCAGAACCUUCACUCCAGAAGGCGGAAUGGCUGGAUUGCUAUCAGGACAUCCGCUAGGGGAAGCUAAUGUCACCACUCUGACGUGCAAUUACACUUUCGAUGCCUCCCGGCUACCCCAAGGAAGAGUGCAACUUGCUCUCUUCACCUCACUCAAACUUGCUCAGGAAUGUUCAGACUGCCGUCAAGAGCCACUCUAUGCCCAAGUCCAUCUUGGUUUUGGAGAUAAAAUAUGCUUCUGCAAAGUAUCAACUCACCGUUCUCACACAUUGACAUCUUUGGGACCAAUGAUGCACUUUUCUCUCCAUGCCGAUGCAUCGUGGGACAAAAAACUUCCUCAAAAGCAUGUUGUAAAUGGAAGUUAUAUAUUCUACACAGAGUCCAGAUGUGGUCCAGAGCGUCUAGAACUUGAUUUGCAAGGUCUUUUAACUUUCCCACCCUUAAUUUCAGGCCCGGGAACUUGUCCAGAAGGUCAGUGUCCAGAUACUCCCAUUUCUUGUCAAUGGAAAAUUCCCGUAUUUCACAGAAUGGAUUUACUACUGAAAAUUGAUGGGUUGCCUGAACAAGCCAAUUGUAGUACCGAUCAUGCUAUAGUUAACAAUAUUGUCUUGUGCCCAUCGUCAGAAGAGCAAGAACUCCUUUUCCAUAAAGAAGAUAUAUUCGAGUCGGAUGUUACAGUGAGUCUUCGUUUAUCUGAGAAAUCCUACAAUUUUACUGUUCGAUGGACGCAAUUAAGAAUGUUGCCUUCUCGAACGAGUUCAGACACAUUAGUAUCAUUAGGAAAGGAUUGCGAUUUCCUGUGUACUAGUUCCAUGGCUUGUCUGACUAGAGAGCUUGUCUGUAAUGGGGUCGCAAACUGUCCAGGUCCAGCCACUACAGCUGAUGAGGAUGUCAGUUUAUGUGUCCUUCCAAGAGACAACUUUAAAUUGUAUUGGUGGAUCAUCGGAUUCGGUCUGGGUAUAUGCGUCUGCCUGACGCUAUGUUUAGCAUUUACCAUCUGUCGGAAAUGUCAAGUUAGGCGGCACAGAAUUUGAAAACACAAUUAAAUAUUUUAUUGUUGUA